AUGUCGAAUCCUGAUACAUUACUUGAGCCAUUACUGAGGGCUGUUCUCGGCCUGUGCGUGGCGCCAGUUGUGCGGCGGGUUGGCCUGCCGCUCCGUGGCCACGUGCCAGCAACCUCGCGUUCCUUCGCCUCCAUUGGUGCGAGCGCCGCGUGGGAUCGACCUGGCGGGCAGGAGUCCGACCAGCAGGCCGACGAGACUCUAUCCGUGCCACAGUACGGAGGGAGGGAAGAGCUGGACCGCACGAAUCUCGUGCGUGCCAUCACGGUGGACGAGGCCGGCAGCUUUCGGGAGGUCUCUCUCACCAAGGCCGACCUGUCGCGCGAGCUGCGCGUACAAAAGCGGGACCUGCGGGCAGUCGACGUUUCCUUUCCCAACCAGCUGGCAUGCUUUCUGGUGCGGGACGGGGUCAUUCUCAUCAACCUGGAAGCGUUCAAGGCCAUCGUGAAGCACAACAGCUUGAUCCUGUUCACCACGGAAACAGCACGCGGGACCGUUUUGCAGCAGUUCUGCCCCUUCCUCCAGUACCGUCUCACACGUGAAGUUGGUGCUCACGUAGGUGGAUUUGAGUUUCGAGUGGUGGAGGCCGUGCUGACAGUGCUCUGCGACACGCUGUACGAGCGCUAUGGGGAGCUGAAGGCCAGGAUUGACCACUUGCUGUUCGGGUUGGAACAGGCCACCAACGGGCAGGACGAUUACCUGCCCUUCCUCGCCGACCUUUCGCACCACAACAAAACGCUCAACUCUUUCCAGAAGCGAGUUCACGAGGUUCGCGGAGCGCUACAUCAAGUUCUUGAAUCGGACGAGGACUUGGCGGCGAUGUACCUCUCUGUGCAGGCAGCAACUGGUCAUCGACGCCGAACGGACCAGCAUGAGGAAGCAGAAAUCCUCAUUGAAAACUAUGUCGCGCAGUUAGAUGACAUUCUCAGUGAGGUAGCUGAGUUGCAGUCUUCCAUUGAUGUGUCAGAGGAGUACUUCCGGCUCACCCUUGAUUCCCAGAGGAACAAAAUCAUGAAAAUGAAUCUGCUACUCACCUUGGGCACCUUCUCCACUGCCUGCGCAGGAGUUGUGACAGGUGUCUUUGGCAUGAACCUCCAAAACUUUCUAGAGACUUCUGAGUCUGCAUUUCUGGUCACCACUGGUGGUCUGACAAUCAGCAUGGCUGCCUCAUUUGCCUCUAUCUACACCUACUUUCGUCUCAAGAAAAUGCUGUGA